AUGCAUCCCAAGUUCGUGCUCAGAUCCCUCAAGACCAUAGGCAAGGCAGUCCGCAUGCUGUACUCGCAUACUCCUAGGUGGCACCUGCUCCAGGUACUCGUCGCAACUUUUCUGCUGCACCUCGGACUGACGGCGUUGCUGGUGAAGAUAGCAAGCCCCGCGGUCAACCUCGAUUCCAUGGCUCUGUUCUACGAGAUACAGGACAAUUCGACGGCGGCGGCAUCUGACGCCGUGGCCAUGCCCGGGAUCGCGACUGUUGAUGACAAAGCCACGGAGACAUCGGCCCCGUGGCUGUGGAAGCUCCAACUCUUAGGUGAACUCUUCUGGAGGUUGACGUUGAUUAUUACGAUAUUUGGUUUCUCCAAGGUUCUUGCUCUUGAAGAUACAGAUUGCCUAAGAAAUGGUCCUGUUCCAUCUAAUCCGAUCCAUGGAACCAAUCACAUGGUAAGACAAGGACGAGAUGUAACACCAGGGACAAACAAGUCGAUCAUAGGUAUUUUCCUUGUACCCUUGACCUGGAGGGAGGUGAAGAGUUUGGCUCUUGUAGUGUUCAUUGGAGAGACUCUGGUGACGUUCGCUUUCGUGUUGCUGGAAGAAAGUGGCCUAGACGACCACCUCCGAAAACUGACCGACUUCAUUGGCUGCGUGCAUCUGGUUACCGUGGUGGUCAUUUCAUCAGAAGGCCUAUACGGCUUUGGUGCUAUCGUCGACAGGGCAUGGAAACUCGUGGUUCCCAGAUACCAUGACCUCUCCGUUUUUGGUGUAGCGUUUGUAUUGACGCAGGAAGCUCUGGAGUAUGCUUUGUGGAUGACAUUUUCUCAGGGGCAAGAGAAGGAAGUGGAGGCAGCAGUUAUCAGGGAGGACACGGUUGCCGAAAUGUUGCAGUUCUCCCUCGUCGCAGCCUUUGUGGCUGUCAUUAUGCAGUCAUUCGCGUGCUCAGUGAUCUUGGCGUUCUACAAGGAAAGCAUUAGUAUCUAUGAACAGCACCGAAGUACAGCCGAAAGCAUUAGUAUCUAUGAACAGCACCGAAGUACAGCCGUGGUGAACGAGAUUAUAAAGAUACAAAGACUGGCAAGAGAGUUCGCAUCAUUGCAUCCUACACCUGAAACGGAAGUCUUUAAACGGGAGCUGUUACAGCAUACUGGCAUAGCCUUGGAGUACAUGGGUGAGAGAAGGCCUAUAGCAGCUGCCGUGGUGCAAGGAGCCCCUGGUACAUCACCAUCGCGUGGGAGAAGGGCAGGGGUAGAAAUGCAAAUGGAGAGAACUGGACAACAAGAAGGUGCGCGUCGUGGUGCAAGGACCAGGAGGCCGACAAAUCGUGUCAAUCAAGAGAAUGAACCCUUUGAGAUAUAG